AUGUGGGGAACACUUGUAGAGCAAUACCCUUCAUUUUUGUCAGCCAUUGUUUGUAUUAAUUGUACUCCUGCAAUGAGAACUUUAUGGAAUGCUUGUACUCCUUUUCUAGGGGAUGAAUAUAGACAGAAAGUUUAUUUACUGGGACAGGAAAAUGACUGGCGGGAGAAAUUACCUUUGCUGGAAUUGUUAAUUCCAUUGGAGGCAUUUCCUAGGGACUAUGGAGGAGAAAGAGAAUUUAAAAUUAGGGUGAGUUUUUUUUAA